GUUCAAUGAAGAUGUCUCUGAUUUUAGCGGUAGCGAUCAUUUAGUUAACUUAUGGGGAUCAGUGUUCUGAAGUAACUGAUAUAGGUUUAUGUUUGAAAACAUCGAAUUUUUGUAUUAAAUCACUAAUAAUAUUAGGUUAUAUUUUGGAAGCAGAUGUACCAUAUUUAUCAGCUGAUAAUCCAAACAGUGGUGUAGUGUUGGAUCAGGUGAAUGAUAGAUGCAUGGUAAUGAAUUUAUAAGAUUUAAGAGUCUUAACUAUUUUACAAGAUGUGAUUAACUAAUAACCAAAGAGUCAUGUAAAUUAGGAAGCUGCUUGUGGGAUCCCAUUAAUGUUGAAUGCUAUGUAUUUGAUUGAAUUAUCCAAAGGAAUGGGAUUUGGCUCCUUGUGAAAGUUAUUCCAAAUAAAUUUGUUAAUGGAAUUCGUAAUGCGAAUUGGUCAAUUUAACUUAAACUUUAGACUUGCUCACUGAUUAUACAAUGAUGAACAGCGCAGAUAAUUCAUAGAGAGACGGAAGAGCUCUAGGUACUUGGCUUUAUGAGUUCGGAUAAAUAAUUUAAGUCCUAGAAAAAUAAAAAGAUUAAGAAACGUAUCUCUUCACAAAAUGUUAAUUAAAAAACCUUUGUGAAUUAAUUCAGAUUACUGACGCUAGUUAAGGAAUUACUAUAUGUCAUGAAUCUGAGUUAGGAUGUUAUUUUGAUUCCCAAUAUAAGAUGUGCAGAACUAUAAGUCAUACUACAAGUUGUGCAGAUAUUAAAUGGAAAUCUAGAUGUGAGAGUGGAGCAUCUCCUUGUGUAUGGUUAGGAGUGAAAUGUGUAUAAUAUAAUGAUCCUGAUGUUCCAUGUAGUUUUCUAAGCACGACUGCUUGUUUGAAUAAUGAGAAAUGCUAUUUAGAAGGUGCUAAUUGUAAAUCCUAUUUACGAUGCAGUGAUUAUAAGUUAAAAACAACGUGUGAUGGUGAUCAUGGAUUCAAAUGUUAUUUUGAUGAUUACGAGAAUUAAUGCAAAUUAUUAACUACUGAUAUUCCAUGCAAAAAGAGAGGACAAAAUAAUUGCAAUUGGUUAGGCAUGUGUGAAAGUAUUGAUAACAAAUGUCAAGUGAAAUUACCUGAUUUUUAUUGUCAAUCUUAUUCAUAAACGGAUUGCGAAUCUGAUACUGCUUCUCCAGCUGAAUGCAAAUGGGACGGAAACCUUUAACUAUGCAAAGCUGCUCUUGCUUACGAUUGUUAAAGCCAAACAUCUCAAGAUUGUGAUAAAACAGGAAAUUGCUUUUUUGAUGUAGUUCUUAACCAAUGCACAGUGAUAUAGAGAAAUACAAAAUGUGAAUUGUUAGGUUAGAUCUCAUGUCAAAAGAAGAUCAAUUAAACCAAUAAUCUUUGUUAAUGGUCGACUACCAGAAAUCUUUGCAUUUCGAUUUUUGACUUAGCUUGUGAAGAUAUAUAGGCCGAAUUUUGUUAAAAUAGGGAAAAAUGUUUCAAGACUGGGAAUGUUUGUUAAACUAGGAAAUAGUGUUAAGAUAACAUCUAGAUUGUGGAUUGUUGGGAUGAUGCAUCAUAAUUCUGUUAUUUUAAUUUCGAUUUAUAAAUUUGCACUAGAGUUACUACUUAUUCUCCAUGUGAAUAAAUAUUUAGGGAGGCUUCUUGUAAUCAAGCUAUCUGUGCUUGGUAAAAUGGAAAAUGCUUAAAAUUAGAAAAUGUUAGCUGCAGUGAACUGACAGUUUAAAAUUGUAAAUACUCAAGUUAAUGCUAAUAUUACAAUUCUGAAUGCAUUCCUCUUGAUCAAUGUGGUUUAAACGAUGGAAAUCAAGAUGCCUGUGAAUUAGAUUCCCAUCAUUGCCUCUACAAUUCGGAAACCAUGAAAUGUUCUUAAAUAGACGGAUCUUCUGAUUGCUCAUCUAUUAUUGGAGCAGAUAACUGCAAUUAUGGAGCAUGUAAUAUUAAUAUAUAUAUAUUUAGGUGUACUCUAACCUGGACAAAAUAGAAAACUAUAAUGUGUUGAAUAUCAAAAUGCUGAUUGUUCAUACUUGAAAUAAGAAUACUGUAACUUUGGACAAUGUACAUGGAAUGUUUCAUAGUGUGUCUCUUAUCCGUACAAAAUACAAAAAACUACUAUAAUUGACAAUGCAAAUGCCACAAAUACCUCUUCACCAACAAAUGGCACUGUCUAAAAUGAAAAUAACACAACUACAUCCAGCUCUGGUUAUGGAAUCUUAGUCAUUUCUAUUCUAGCAUUUUUUAUAGAAUGAAAUCUGAUAACAUAUUACA